CCUGGGAAGGGAAACUGGUGUGGACUGCGUAAACCAGCUGGUGGCACAGGGAUGCUCUGGUGUGGAUGCGCAUGGUGGCCAGGGUCCCUGGGGACUCACAGCCCAGGCCCAGAACCAGCUUGCCCAGAAGUAUGACCCGCAGAAGGAGGCCGAGCUGCGGACAUGGAUCGGGAGCGUGACAGGGCAACAGAUCGGGCCUGACUUCCAGAAGGGGCUGAAGGAUGGGGUGAUCCUCUGCGAGCUGAUGAACAAGCUGCAGCCCAACUCAGUGAGGAAGAUCCACCGCUCGGCACAGAACUGGCACCAGCUCGAGAACCUCUCCAACUUCAUCAAGGCCAUGGCCACCUACGGCAUGAACCCCGUGGACCUCUUCGAAGCCAACGACCUCUUCGAGAGCGGGAACCUGACGCAGGUGCAGGUGUCGCUGCUGGCGCUGGCAGGGGCCAAGACAAAGGGGCUGCAAAGCGGCGUGGACAUUGGUGUGAAGUACUCGGAGAAGCAGCAGAGGAACUUCGAUGAUGCCAAGAUGAAGGCUGGGCAGUGCGUGAUUGGGCUGCAGAUGGGCACCAACAAGUGUGCCAGCCAGUCUGGCAUGACGGCCUACGGCACCCGGAGACACCUCUAUGACCCCAAGAACCAGAUCCUGCCCCCCGUGGACCACUCCACCAUCAGCCUCCAGAUGGGUACCAACAAGUGUGCCAGCCAGGUGGGCAUGACAGCUCCGGGCACCAGGAGACACAUCUACGAUGCCAAGACGGGGACAGAGAAGUGCGACAACUCCUCCAUGUCGCUGCAGAUGGGCUCCAAUCAGGGUGCCAACCAGAGCGGCCAGGUGUUCGGCCUCGGCCGCCAGAUCUACGACCCCAAGUACUGCCCGCAGGGCGGCCAGGGUGAGGUGGCCAACGCCGCCUCCGACCAGAGCGGGGACUCUCCAGGCUACCACUACUACCGCGAGGAGGAGGAGAGCUACUGAGCGGGAUGGCCCUAGCCACAACGCAGCAUCUCAUAUACAGACCCCGCAGCCAGCCACAUUCCAGCCCCUACGUUCGUCAUUCCCUCUUUUUAAACU